AUGGCGGCGGCGGUGGUACAGAUGGACCCGGUGCAGGAAUCAUCGGUGACCUUUGAGGAUGUGGUCUUGACCUUCACCAAGGAGGAGUGGGGGCUGCUGAGCCCGGCGCAGAGGAGCCUGUACCAGGAGGUGAUGCUCGAGACCUGGAGGCUCAGCAUCUCACUGGGGCGUCCUGUGCCUAAACCAGAAUUGAUUGACCUACUGGAGCACAGGCAGGAGCUAUGGGUGGUGAAGAGAGGUCCCUCCCAAGGCACCUGUCCAGGUGACAGAGCAAAACUGGACACCACUGAGCCAACACUUUCUUACCUGGCUUUGUCUGAGGGACCUUCACUCCAUGGGCGACUGACUGAGGGAGACUCUGGUGAUUCCAGGUUGGGGCGAUCCAGGAGAUGGGAAAGACCAUCAGAAAUACAGAGAGGCCAAUUGAGGACAAGGAGAGCCCCCCAGAAGGAAACCUCCUCUGGGGAGAUGAGCCCUGAAUGUGACGACAUGGAGACAGGUGACAUUCUGUGCUCUGAGGAUUCACAGGAACGAGUCCCUCCAGGAGAUGCUCUCUAUGAGUGUGACUCACAUGAGACAGGCCAAGACCGCUUGAUUCAUGGAGGGAAGAACCCACACAAGUGCAAGGAACAGGACAUGUUUGACAAGAAUCUUUUCGUGCGAAGUCAAUGGACUCAGGCUGGUGCGAAGCCACCGGAAUACAGCAAGUGCGGCAAAGCCUUUCUUGAGGGGGCAGCUGCCACGCGACCCUGCAGCAACCACACCAAGGAGAAGCCCUAUGCAUGCAUCGAGUGUGGGAAGGCCUUCAGCCGCAGGUCCCACCUCACAGAGCACCAGCGGAUUCACAGUGGCGUGAAGCCCUAUGAGUGUGACGAGUGCAGGAAGUCCUUCACCCGCCGGUCCCAUCUCACUGACCACCAGCGGACUCACACUGGGGAGAAGCCCUACAUGUGCAACGAGUGCGGGAAGGCCUUCAGCCACAAUUCUGAUUUCAUUCGGCACAGCAGGACCCACACGGGAGAGAAACCCUUUGAGUGCAGCGAGUGUGGGAAGGCCUUCUGCGACAGCUCUUCCCUCAGCCGACACAAGACGAGCCACUCGCAGAUGAAGUCCUACCAGUGCAGCGAAUGUGGGAAGUCCUUCAGCUAUAGCUCAUCCCUCAGUACCCACCGGAAGAUUCAUGGUGGGGUGAAGCCCUAUGAGUGUACACAGUGUGGGAAGGCCUUUCAUCAGAAGGCAGACCUCAGUCGGCAUCAGAGAAUUCAUGUCAGUCUGCCCCUUACCACCAAAGUGCACAUGAACUUCUCUAGAAUUUCUCCACUUACAGGUUUUUGUCAUGGGGUGAAGGAUAAGGAGGCACCUUCUCAAGAGAGUGUUCUUGUAGAAGAAGUGUCACGGAUCAGGAUCCUCAAGGUAGGUUCGUAUCCCCAGAAGGCCAAUUCCUGUGAGACAUGUGGCCUAGUUUUAAAAGACAUUUUGGACUUGACUGAGUAUUGGGGAAUAGAUCCUGGACAGAAACUCUAUACAUGUGGGCCAGCUGGGAAGCAAAUCUGUUUUAAUGCAAACGUUCACCAGCGCUGGAAGCAGCACAGUAGAGAGAAAUCCUUCAGAAGGGAUAUAGGCAUGCGGUUGUUUGUGAAGAGCUGCAGAUUCCAAGUGUCAGGGCAGCCCUUCACCUGUGGAGAGGUUGGGAAGGACUUCCUGGCCAGCUUGGCCCUUCUCCAGCACCAGGCUACUCAUAAUAAGCACAAGCUGCACAGUGGCACCAAGCGUGGGGCCACCUUUCACAGCAAGAAAAGUCCUUACAGUUGGUGUGAAGACAAGACAGGCUUCAGCCUCAAACACAUAGUUGUUCAGCACCAGAGUGUCCACACUGGAGAAAGACCUUGUGAGUGCAACAAAUGUGGGACAGCCUUUAGCUGAAAGUUUAACCUCUUUCAGCACUGGAAAGUCCACACUGGAGAAGGGCCUUAUGAAUGCAACAAAUGUGGAAAAUUCUUAACUCACAUCUCCAGUUUCACUCAACAUCAGAGAAUUCACACUGGGGCAAGGCCUUAUAAGUGUAACAAAUGUGGGAAAUUUUUUAGCCAAAGCUCCAGCCUUAUUGUACACCAGAGAAUUCACACUGGAGAAAUGCCUUAUGAGUGCAGUGAAUGUGGGAAAUCCUUUACCCAAAGCUCUAGCCUCAUUAAACAUCGAGGAGUUCACACUGGAGCAAAGCCUUAUAAGUGUGAGCAAUGUGGAAAAUUGUUUAGUGACACCUCCAGCCUCAUUAAACAUUGUAGAAUUCACACUGGAGAAAGGCCUUAUGAGUGCAAUGAAUGUGGAAAACUUUUUAGCCAAAGCUCUGGCCUCAUUCAACACAAGAGAGUUCAUACUGCAGAAAGGCCUUACAAGUACAAUGCAUGUAGGAAAUCCUUUAGCCGCAACUCUGAUCUCAUUCAACACAAGGGGGUUCACAUUGGAGAGGGGUCUCAUGAGUGCAGGGAAUGUGGGGAAUUCCUUAGCAAAAACACCCACCUAACUCGGCACCAAAAACUUCACAUCAGAGAAAGGCCUCACAAGUGCAGUGAAUGUGAGAGAGUCUUCAGCCGAAAGUCUGACCUCAUUCGACACCAGAAAGUUCAGUGUGCAGAAAGGCCUUAUGUGUGCAGCAAAUGUGGGCAAGCCUUCAGUGACGGGUCUGCUCUGAUUCAGCACCGGAAAAUUGACAACCCAGAUAGGCUUGAUGAUGAGUGCAGUGAACGUGGGAAAGCCUUCAGCCGAAGGUGUAACCUCAUCUGGCACCAGAAAGCCCACGCUGGAGAGAGGCCUUAUCAGUGCAGUGAGUGUGGGAAAGCCUUCAGCUGAAGUUCUCAAGUCACUGGGCACCAGAAAGUUCACAGAGGAGAAGGUCCUUAGCUGUGCAAGAACGUGCUCUUUUGUUCAGAAUAAUGACACUAGAGGGGCCCCUUUGUGAGGGACUGAUCUACCUGAAUAGACAUGCCUACAUUUGAACAUCCACAGUGGGGAGAUUUCAUAUAUAGGGAAAACCUUCAGGAGCUGCACUGCACUUUUUUUUUUCAAAUGUGAAAAGGACCACAUAUUUUUUAUCACUACAUGUCAGAAACCGUAUGGACCAUUUUCUGGCAGCAGACCUUUGCCAAAUUAACUUUGGAAACAGAAUUCAUGUAGGAUUAGCACAAUGAAUGCAACUAGGGCACGUGCAGGUAAGUUUUUAAAAAAUAAUAAACCAAAUACAGUUAGGUCAGAAACCAUAGUGCCUAUAUACAAUCUUAUAAUUUGCUACAGAGUGUUCAGGAAAUGUCAACAAACUAUCUCUUAAUUUCAAAGAAAUUCUCCCAGAAAUGAUCUGAAAUUAAAGAUCUUUAAAGACUUGAUCACAAAGACUUAAAAGUCUCUAACUUAUGUCAUUUAUAGUAAUGGUAAUUAUUAAGAGAUAGAGCCCUUAAAAUUAUU